CACACGUGCGUGCAGGGAGCCUGGUGCCGCAGCUGCACCACGCCGUCGGGCCUCGCGACCCGGUCCCCGCCCCGGACCGGACCGGACCCGGUCCGAGCGGCUCCGAGCGCUGUCCCCUUCCGGACGCGGAGAGCGCGCCGGGCGCCCGCGCUGCCAGUUAAAGUGCCGCGGGGCAGGGGCAGGGUCCCUUCCCCCCGCCCUCUCGCUCCCGCUGCUGCUCGGCGGCAGCCGACUGUCCCGGCCGUUGGCCGCGCCGUGGCGGGAUGAAAGCCCAUGAGGUCAUAGAUCAUGUGUCCCGUUCAUGGCUGUAGUCCCUGUGCCUGGUCCCCUGGGUACUUGUGUUGAUUUUCACGUCUGUUGUUAUCACGUUGGGGCUUCAGGAAAGCCCAGAAGAGGAGGCAGUUGAGGAAACUGAGGCCCAGAGACGCUAAGCUGUGAGAGAUGGCUGAACUAAGGUUGCAGCACAAGGAUCUUGACCUUCAGCAACUUUCCCUUCUCUUUUAAAGCAGUGCAACUUGAACAUGGAACUCCAGUGCGUAAAAUAGAAACAGACAAUCACAAUAGCGUGUGGGCCGGAGCUGGUGGCAGAAUGCGUUGUAUCCUGUCACUUCUGGGUGUGAGGAGAAAGUGAAUCACUUCAUUCCCUUCUGUGGAUAAGAGGACUUGGGCUAGGAGCAUGUGGUGUGCCCUGCGAGGCUGGAGGCAAGGGCUCCUGGGCCUGCAUAGAGCCCUGGCAUGGGGAGCCCUGGGGCAGCAGCAGCCCCUGGGCCUUCGAGCUCUGGGCAAUGUGGGUUCCCAGAGCGGGGACGAGUACAGCUACGUGGUGGUGGGUGCAGGCUCCGCGGGCUGCGUGCUGGCCAGACGACUCACAGAGGACCGCAGUGAGCAUGUGCUGUUGCUGGAAGCCGGGCCCAGGGACUUGUACGCAGGGAGUAAGCGGCUCUUGUGGAAGAUCCACAUGCCUGCGGCCCUCGUGGCCAACCUGUGCGACGACAGGUACAACUGGUGCUACCACACGGAGCCGCAGCCAGGCAUGGAUGGCCGGGUGCUGUACUGGCCUCGCGGCCGAGUCUGGGGAGGUUCCUCGUCCCUCAAUGCCAUGGUCUACAUCCGUGGGCAUGCUGAGGACUACAACCGCUGGCACCGCCAAGGCGCCGAGGGUUGGGACUACGCGCACUGCCUGCCCUACUUCCGCAAGGCACAGGGCCACGAGCUGGGUGCCAGCAGGUACCGUGGCGGCGAUGGCCCCCUGCACGUGUCCCGGGGCAAGACCAACCACCCACUGCACCAGGCGUUCCUGGAGGCGGCACAGCAGGCCGGCUACCCCCUCACUGAGGACAUGAACGGCUUCCAGCAAGAAGGCUUCGGCUGGAUGGACAUGACCAUCCAUGAAGGCAAGCGCUGGAGCACAGCCUGCGCCUACCUGCACCCAGCCCUGAGCCGCACCAACCUCAGGGCCGAGGCCCGGACGCUUGUGAGCAGGGUGCUGUUUGAGGGCACCCGUGCAGUGGGCGUGGAGUAUGUCAAGAACGGCCAGAGCCACAGGGCUUACGCCAGCAAAGAGGUGAUCCUGAGCGGAGGCGCCAUCAACUCUCCGCAGCUGCUCAUGCUGUCAGGUGUCGGGAAUGCGGAUGACCUGAAGAAACUGGGCAUCCCUGUGGUGUGCCACCUGCCUGGAGUUGGCCAGAACCUGCAGGACCACCUGGAGGUAUACGUUCAGCAGGCGUGCACCCGCCCCAUCACCCUCCAUUCGGCACAGAAGCCCCUGCGGAAGGUCUGCAUUGGCCUGGAGUGGCUCUGGAAGUUCACAGGGGACGGAGCCACUGCCCAUCUGGAAACGGGUGGCUUCAUCCGCAGCCAGCCUGGGGUCCCCCACCCGGACAUCCAGUUUCACUUCCUGCCGUCCCAAGUGAUUGACCACGGGCGGGUCCCCACCCAGCAGGAGGCUUACCAGGUGCACGUGGGGACCAUGCGGGGCACAAGUGUGGGCUGGCUCAAGCUGAGAAGUACCAAUCCGCAGGACCACCCGGUGAUCCAGCCCAACUACUUGUCAACAGAAAGAGACAUUGAGGACUUCCGUCUGUGUGUGAAGCUCACCAGAGAAAUUUUUGCACAGGAAGCCCUGGCUCCAUUCCGGGGGAAAGAGCUCCAGCCGGGAAGCCACGUUCAGUCAGAUGAAGAGAUCGAUGCCUUUGUGCGGGCAAAAGCCGACAGUGCCUACCACCCCUCGUGCACCUGCAAGAUGGGCCAGCCCUCCGAUCCCACUGCCGUGGUGGAUCCGCAGACCAGGGUCCUCGGGGUGGAAAACCUCAGGGUCGUCGACGCCUCCAUCAUGCCCAGUGUGGUCAGCGGCAACCUGAACGCCCCCACGAUCAUGCUCGCGGAGAAAGCAGCCGACAUUAUUAAGGGACAGCCUGCACUGUGGGACAAGGACGUCCCUGUCUACCAGCCCAGGACCCUGGACACCCAGCGUUAAGGCAAUCACUGCUCCUUGACAAGCCAGGAGGGCCAGCACAGCCCUUGCUCCAAAUCUCCUUCCUGAAACUGUCCAGCACGUUAGGACCCAGGAGAAACCCUACUCUGUGGCUGAGAAUUGGAUAAUUUCUUGGGAAAUAAGACCAGUAUUGGGCAGAGAAUCAAGCUCCUUUUUCUUGGCGUUUCCCUCUGGGCCUUUUGGGGAAGGCCCUAUUUCAGGCUGCGGCCUCUCCCUGCCUCGUGGAGGGACAGCAGAGGAGGCAGGGUCACUGCUGCCACAUCCUUGUCUUGUGUCGGGGUGUGCUCUCUAACGCGGGACCCUGCUGCCUGGAGGGCAGUGGUCUUUCCCAGCUCCCCUCCGCGGGCAAGCCCCUGAGAGCAGGUGCUCGGCUCCCCAGGUAGAGGCAUCCUCGAGCGCCAGGUGAGGCUGGAGUCACGCAGAACUUAGCUGGGGCUGCACCCAAGUCCCCCAUGCCUCUGUUCAGAGGGAGAGCUGCCUGCCAGCAGGAAAGCAGGCUUUUUCUUUCUCUCUCCCUUCCUCAUCUCACUCCCAGAGUGAGGCAGGUAACUGGGGCUCCGCCGGGUCAUGGAGGGGCUGUGACCCACUUUUCCAGUGCUCUGGUUCUUACUGAGCACAAUCAGCCACGCCGAGAGAAUUUCUGGACCUUGUUCAAGGAGAGAGGGGUCUGGAGAGAAUGCUACUUGGCUUCACUACCAAAGGUUCCACGACUUAGCAUGGCAAAAGAUUUUCCUGUUGCCAGGAAACGCAGAGCGAACUCCAUGUACCAGAUCGCGGCUUGAUGCUGAAGCAGCUGGCCCGAGAGAGGACUCUUUCACAUCAGCCUGGGAAGCGACUCAGCGCCAGGACCCCGGCAGCGGACAGGGCUGGCUGAUUCCUGUUCUCUAGACGUCCACGCGAGCAGAGCAGGACGGAGCUGAGACUGAUGGAAAAAGCACUUAAGUACAGGCACUGGACCCUGUAGAAAUGCCAUUGCGUGAAAGAAAAAUAAAUUGGUGAGUUUUGAGGGGAAAAAAACAGCUACAAGUAGCAUUUAGCAUUUUAUAUACAUCUCUUUGAUCUUAAAUUUCUUAUUAUUCAAUAACGUGAUCCAGUAACUUAUUUUUGAACUGAGAUGUUUUAUCCAGACUGUUCGUACACGGUCAUGAAAAGUACUGCAUCUUGGAGGGAUUUUUCCGAAGAUGCCCACAGCUGCAGCCCUCUGGGUCCCGGAGCGGCCUGCAGGGGUGCCGGGGUGUCAGAGAGCACGUGCUGGUGCGGGGGAGGGGUGAGAAGGAAGGUUAGGCGUGUGUACGGAGGGGUCCCAGGCUGGCCCGUGACUGCACUGACCCUCCUUCCCUGGUAUGGACAGGGAUGUGGCAGGCGACAUUUAGUUCUGCCAUCUCUGCGUCCUGUGGUUUGUCAACCUCUGAGACAGUGGUGGAUUCAGGCGGCAGCUGCGUUUUAAGAGAAGCAGAAUGACAUGCGAUAAGAGGCACUCGUCUGGCGUGUCGCUCAAUGGCUUCCAGGCCCCCCUCGCCCUUGAACACUCAGGCGUGUUCCGCACGAUUGAGCCAUACGUGGAAAUGAGCUUCAAAAGAAAAGACAGCGAGUGUCUCAUGUCCAGAACCCAUCUGAAAAAUCUACUGCUAUCGGGGGGGGGGUGCUUUUGCCCCACCAGAGCAGCUGCGGCAGCCAGAGUGGGGAGGGCAGGCUGCCAAGUGGGGUGCGCGGAGGCUCUGCUAGCUGUAGUCUCGUGGGGAAUCAGGCCCCUUAGCAAAAAGCCUACAAUACCUAAAAAACAGAAGAAGGUGCUUUGCAAAAAAAAAAAAAUGCUUGAAAGAGUACAACGGAACACUGCAUGUGCCCAGAGCCCCGAGGAGCCCUGGCGGAGAAGCCUGUGUGUGAGCCGCGGACCGGGGGGCGUGCAGGCACGGAGCGUCUGUCUGUCUGUCUGCACGCCUGGCGCUGUGGGUACAGAUGCACGGCCUCGCUGCUAACAAACAGCACAGGCGCGAUAACUUCCGGGAAUUCAGAUUCUUCUCUCCGGCCAAACCUUGUUGUCAUCCCAGAAAUUAUUUUGUUUCCACUGACAAAGCAAAUUAACAUCCGAUUAAAUACGUACUUUUUUUUUUCUUGAAAAUCAUAAAAAUACACCGUUCACCGGGCCAGGCGUCCCAGACCACGCUGUCAAUUCCUGUUCUCAUGUUGGAAGCCAGGGCCUAGGCCUGCUCUUCCUCCUCCUCCUUCCCUUGCCCUCCCAGUCCCCAGUAGAGGAGGAGAGAGAUCAUUUCAGAGAAAUAAAAACCUUUGCAAUGAAUGACAGCAUAGCUACAGUCAGUUUUUGAGUCGGGGUGGGCAGAUUGGGGAGCUGGGGCUGUGUGUGUAACAUCAGCUCUGUUGCUAGCCAGGUUUUUAAAUCAACCAGCUGCCCUCGGAACACUAAAAGCCUGUGUAGGAAGACACGAUUGGCAGAGACACUUAAGGCUGCAAAAAGUACACAAUGCGAAAUAAGACAGACUCCUCUGGCUGCUGUCACAGGGCGGGUCAGCAGUAAAGUGGGACCUGGGUUGCGCAGGGGACCCACACCCCUCCCUGUGCAGCCAGAGCCCCGGGGGCCUCACAGCCGGCCGCCACCACUGUGGAACUUCUCUGGAUAGCGCCGGGGAGUGCUACCUGGCUAAGCAGGGGUCCAGCUCUUUGGGGGGAAAUUGACGUCCGCACACCGAGCAGAGAUGGUUCUUAGUGAGGUUCUCGCUGCCAGCUGAUGAUUAAAUCAUCACUGCCAUUUCCAUUUUGUGAGAUUACGAAAAACACAGGAUUCAAGAAACUAAAUGUACUAUUCCUGUGGACACAAUUAUUUUUUUGCAGGAGAGGGGAAACCAAAAAGGAGAGACAUUUAUUCUUAAAACUUUCCUAAAACAAAGGAAAAAAACAUGCUCUACAACUUCAAAUUUUUCUUCCAAAGAAAAAUUUAAUAGUAGAUGAGAGGUCGAACCAGGCUUAAAGCAGACAGAGAUUAGGAAGUGGUGCAGCCUGUAAAAAAUGCCAGUUUUUAAGUACUGACUUUGGAAAAGAUCACCACCUACACCAGACGCUUGGGGUCCUGGUGCGGCGAUUUUGGCUUGAUGACGUUAAGCCACACAGUAAGACCAAUACCCAACAGAGAGACACAGAGUCCAAGGUAAUGUUGACAGUGGUGUAGCCCUUUAGGAGAAAUGGUCCUCCCUGCAGCUGGUAUGAAGUUACCGUCGGCACCGAAGGAGCCAGGAAGAUGAGAAAGAACCUACGUGAUUACAGACAUGCCGCACAGAGAACCUGCCCCUCGGAAGCUCUCACUGGCCCACGCCAGCCCUGUGCAAGGAGAGCUCCGACAUGUGACAAAAUUAUUACACAGUUUUAUUCUGAAGAACAUUUUGUAUUUUAAUAAAAAAGGAUUUAUGUCAGGAAAUAGUCAUUUACAAACCUUGAAGUGUUUUUUGCCUGGAUUUGGAGUAAGAAUGUCUUAAGAAGAGGUUUGUAAGGUUUUUAUAACAAAGUGGUGUUAUUUACAAAAAAAAAAAAAAAACCAUUAACAGGUUGUCUAUUUAAAAAUUUUGAACCAAAA